AUGGGGUUUCAUCCAUUGCCAAUAAGCAAUUUGGAUUCCCCCUUGCAGAUCGCUUCUCGGAUAGUCUGCUGCAUGCGUAUUAAAGUAGCCAAUGGUUUGGGCAUCGUCUCUGCCUUGGAGGUUGCUGUCAGCGUUAUCACUAGCAGAAUAACGAUCGCGAAUUUUGUAGUGAAAGCUCAGAAGGAUCACAUGCUGCGAUGGCUCGAGACACCCCACUUCGUAAGCAAGUGCAAGUGGACCUUCAAAGAAUUGAAAUCUGCGAAAUCCACCCAGACGGUCGGCCAAGAGAAUGUCGAAGAGAACUCGAUACCGCCAUCAGUAGAUAGCGAAGAUGUCGCACAUAGCAUUGCAUUCGUACCUGCUGAUAACGAUACUAGAAAGCUCCUUGGAUACGCGCUCAUUAUUGCGACAAUUGACAUCAACGAGCAUCGCCCUUCCGACCCUGAUGAAUAUUUAGCGAUUGAGGAUCAGAACCUGUUCAAUACAGAGCACCUGAACGAGUCAAACAACGAGAACCCUGUUGAAGCCCCCAAGUCUCUCCCAAAUAACGAUAGAGUAUACGGCUUCAUCCAUAACGAGGUCAACGUCGAACGUUGCAUGAUGACGCGCACGGAAGCAGUAAUUUUCAGCAUCAAGAAGAUCGACCUUAUUGAUGAGAAGAUGAAUUUGACGAGUCCAACUUCACCAACUCUUAUUUCAUUCGCAAGAACCCUAUUGCCCUUCCGCAAAUUGCGAACAUACAAGAAUGCAAGGAUUUUAACCUCAACUCUUCCAAAGGCUAAUUAA